AUGGCCCAGCAAGAUCAAAAAUUCGAUGUCGAUAAGGUGGCGGCUAAUGUAGGACUCUCCAAAUGGCACUUUUGUCGAGUUUUCAAGAAUUACACAGGGUAUACGCCCCGGAAGUUCUAUCUACAAAGUAGAGGAGGUAAAAUAACUCCACAGCCAUUGCCAUUGAUACGAACGAAAAAGUUUUUGCAGCAGAAGAAGCGAGAGAAGAUUCACGAGCAGAUUGAAAGUCUCUUGAGAAGCUUGCCUGAUAGUUUGUUUAAUUCAGAAAAUGAGGGAGGUGACUUGGUUGUUGGGGGCGAUAAGGCAAUUGUGGAUGAUAAGUUUGGGGGAGUUAAUAUGAUUGGGAAGUUUGGGGGAAGUUUGGAGGAGAUGAAGCGUUUGCAGGGGAUACUACGUUUGGGGGAGAUGAUAUAUUUGGGGGAGAUAAUACGCUUGGAGGACACCACAAGGAUCAGACAUUUGCAGGCGAGGAUACAUUUGGAGGUGAUACAUUGGGGGGCCAGAUAUUCGGAGGACUACGUGGGGGAGCAGGGCACACAAGGAGUAUACAAACCGACACUCCGACCCCGACAAGCAAUAAAGACUCAAGCCGGAUAUUAA